ACGAAAGCAGAUCAUGUAACUCACCAAACAGGCCAUAAUUAAUUAUGUGAUAUAGAGAUAUCUUAUGAAACGCAAUUUUCACUUUUAGCUAUUUUUGUUUGAUGCGCGUUUAUUCGUGCGUAUUUUUAUUUCUAAGAAUGUUUUUAUCCCUCUGUCAUCAACAUGCUGCGGGUGACCGUGUGCAUUUUAGGUUAUUGACCAGCCAUUACAAAAACAACACACACACACACACACACACACACACACACACACACACACACACACGAGGGUGUCUGCAUCAGAAGUGCGUGCCCUCAGUGCCCUCCCAUUUCCUCUACGUCACACCCUUCCUGUGGAGCUGUUACCAUGGCGACGGCGUCAGAACUGCGUAGCUACUAUGUGAAGGCAUUCAAAACCUCCUCAGGAACAAAAAUCUAAAAGUAAAGGAUAAAAAGCACUACAUCACAGAUGAAAGCUGACUGAACAACAUGUCGACCCAGCAAGAAGGAGAUCAGACGGCGGUGAACAGAGAGGACAGCAAGCUGUCAGCCCAGGAGGAGGACACAGCAGGAGAGACAGGGAGGAGACAUGUUGAUGCCCUCCUGGACAUCAGUGAGGACAACUUUAGAAAAGAACAGGAACCAUUUGAGGAUCACGAUUACUCUGGUUGGGAGGAAGCUGUCACAGGCUGGUCUAGAGCUGCACCCAGCUGCAUUCUGCAGAUCCACAGCAAACUAAAGCACAAGGAGGCUGACCACCCGACCCUUUUGUCGGCCGACCAGACACCUUCCAAAGCGGACAUCUCCACCAGCACUUCGGAGCUGCACAGGAAGUCUCACGUUGACCUGGCUGAUUGUAACAAAUCUGUGUCACCAAACAAACAGAUCAACUCUUUGGAUCCAACCGAAUUGUGUUCCACUUCAAGAGGCACAACAGAAUUCCUGUUUAAGGAAAAAGCGGAGCGGCCGUUUGGAGACAAACAUGUGUGGCCUUACCAUUUCUCCCCCCAGUACACCAUGCAUGAGAACAGACAUACUAUGCCUCAGAAGCCCAGCCAUAAACCCAUUAACAAACUGGUUCCUAUUAAGAACAUAGUUUUUCCACCUCCUAUGCCUCCACAGAUCAUUCCCAAGGUCAGCUGCAAUUUCUGCAGAUGCAGGCAGACUCAAAAUAACAAAAAUCAUGGAGAAAACAUGUUCAUGCUUGAUAACAGAAGGGGACAAAGAGGGACAGGAGUGGACAGCCUUCUUACCUCUAAGAGCCACUCAUGGCAGCACAACCCUCAGAUGUUUUCCACUCUGAAUGUUUCCAACCCCACGAGGAAUCAAUUACAUCCUGAGGCAGUGCACCCCACGAGAUACUCACAAGCAGUGGUGCAACCCCAUAUGCCCCCCCGGUACCUGCUCUCAUGAGGAGAUAAAUGUUUAACCAAAUAAAACAUCAGGAUUUGAAAUGC